UCACCCUCAUUCAUCACUCAACCACACUACUACACAAACACACACAACUCAUUUUCUCUCUAAUCUCUCUCAAUUAAUCAUUUCAUUAAUUAUUUAUUAAUUUAUCAUUAUCAUUGCUUAAUGGCUUUAGAGUUACAAUCUCUCAAUUCUUCUCCAACAGGGGCUCCUACUCCUUACCCAACCUUCAAACCACAACAACAAGAUCAAGAGAUUCACGAACGCGAUUCUUUCGUUAAGAAGAAAAGAUCAAAACGACCGCGUAUUAGUAAUCCACCAACUGAAGAAGAGUAUCUUGCUCUCUGUCUCAUCAUGCUUGCACAAAGCGGAAACAAAAACAACAAAAUCAACGGCUCUGAUGAUUUUAUUCAUCACCAAACUGAAUCAUCACCAUCGUCUUCACAAUUGCAACAACCAUCGCCACCGUCACCGGUGAAGCUGAAUCAUCGGUGCAGUGUAUGUAACAAAGCUUUUCCAUCUUAUCAAGCACUUGGUGGUCAUAAAGCAAGUCACCGCAAAUCCUCAUCUGAAAACCAAACCACCGUUGUUAACGACACCGUCUCUGUCACAACCGCAACCGUUACUUCCGGUAAGAUGCACGAGUGUUCCAUCUGUCAUAAGAGUUUCCCUACCGGUCAAGCUCUUGGUGGACACAAACGGUGUCACUACGACGGAGGUAACCACAAUAACAAUAACAACAGUAAUAGCAACGUCAACGCUAAUAACAACAGUGGAAUCACAAUCUCUGAUGGCGCCGCCGCGUCUUCCUCCAUCAGUCACCGUGGAUUUGAUCUCAAUUUACCAGCGCCUCUCACUGAAUUCUGGUCUCCGUUGGGAUUAGGCGGUGGAGAUUCGAAGAAGAAGAAUAAGGUUAACGUGAGUCUGGCCGGAAUCGGUGAACAAGAGGUGGAAAGUCCGUUGCCGGUAACUGCAAAAAGGCCGCGUUUGUUUUCAGAGGAAGAAAACAAUGAUAAAACGGCGUAGUUUUAUUGACAACACCGUUAUUUUAAUAUUUUAUUUUAUUUUUUUAAUUAAUUGGGGAUUGAAUUUGUUGCUAUAGUGCUGUGAAUAUGAAUCGCACAUAUUCUAGCAGGUUUACAUUUUUACAUUUCUUGUUUUUUAUUUUUAUUUUUUAGUUUUAGUUAAUUGGGUUGGGGGAAUUGAAUUGUGAUCGAAUUGGGAUUAGAUUUUGUUUCUGCUCUCAAAAUUCAAUCACUCUUUAUCUGUACAGACAAAAUUUGUUGAUUGCUUUUGGAGGCUUUACUUCAUACUCAUCCAUUCAAUCUAACAAUUUAUUUAUUUAUAUA